CGUCCGCUCACGACCCCCACGCACUCAAUACAUGCGAAAUACAAGGGUGGGGAAAAGCCAGUCCUAUUAGACUUUUUAACAGAUUUCGUUGAUAAAAAGCGUAUCACUUCGUCAGAGAAUCCUGGAAUCGACGUGAGAGACAUUCUGAAGGUGAUUUGAUAAGUUGUAGAACUGUUCGAGAGAGUUAACCUGUGUUUUUUCGAGGUGGUUUCUGUCGGCUUGUGUGGGUGACACUUCGUGUGCCGAAUAUCUACAACACACAGUCACACACUGUACGCCAUACGUGAAUAAACACAUACAGCAACCACUCGGCGUGUAGUAAACUUCGUAGAAUGGAAGCAGUUCGGCCGUGAUUACGGUGAAAAGUGAUACGGGAGAGCGCUCUCUGCCAGCACAUUAUUGUUUUACAAGCAUUAAACUAUUAAUAGGGCUUAGCUGAGGCUAGCUCUAAGAAGUCCAGAGACUUAUCUCACCAAACAGCAUGGCUGAAAGUAGACGCCUUUCCAUGCCCCAGACCCUGAGUGAGCUUCAGCUCUACCGAGUCCUAGACCGGGCCAACCUGCUCCCUUACUACACUAACUUCAUCCUCCAAGGAGGAGACGACGUCCAGCAGCUCUGCGAGGCAGGAGAGGACGAGUUCUUGGAGAUCAUGUCGUUGGUUGGCAUGGGCAGCAAACCCCUCCACGUGAGACGUCUGCAGAAGGCACUACAGGAGUGGGUGGCUAGUCCUGCAGCUUUUCAGGAGCCACUAGCAUCUCAACAAGCCCUCCCCGGUCAGAUGUCCGGUAUAGACAUUCCACUAGCGGUCAACCUCCAGCCCCAUGGGAGCCUGCCCUCUGGUCACCACACCCCAGGAAGAUGGCAGCAUGGAAACGCAUCAACAUCCUCUUCCUCACCUGGACAUCCUUCCACCACAAGUGCCACACCCAGUCGCAUGUCGCCGGGAACCUCCCACCAGAUCUCCACCACCACCCCUCCCAGCUUCCGCCCCAUUGGGAACCUGUCCUCUCCUUCCCCCGCCGUCUUCAACUCUGCCCCCAUCUCUCGGACGGACAACCCGGCCCUGAGCAGGGAGAUUGUCGAGAACAUCCGGGCGUCGGCAGAGAACGUUGUACACUCCGAGGGUCUGUCCUCACUACCGCUCAACAAGAAGAUCACGAGGGAAGUGGAGUACAUCCUUGGUAUGUCUCCGGAUCACCCUAACAGGAUGGAAGAGAUACACAAGUGGUCCAGCAUCUAUGGCAGAUUUGACUCCAAGCGCAAGCUGGAGAAACCUCUAACACUACAUGAAGUGACAGUAAACGAAGCAGCAGCUCAGCUGUGUAAUGUAGACCCCCAUCUGAUCUUACAGAGAGAGAAGCUCUUUCCUCUAGCCAGACAGGUGGUCAGAGAUAGUGGUUACCAGUACAGACAUGGACAAUCAAGGUCUUCAAAAGGCAAAAGGAAGGGCGAGUCCAAAAGCAAGCGAGCAAAGAUCAACCAUGAUGCUGAUUUGAACCCUAAUCCCAGAACAGUCCAUGCAGAGAUCAUGAAAAUCAGGAGAGAGGAGAGGUUGAACGAGAUCACAACACUGUUGAGCACCAUCAAGACCCAGCAGUACGACCUCAAGGCCAAGAUUUCCAUCGGCAAAUCAGAGGACAACCUACAGAAGGUUUACGAUCUCCAGCUACAGUUGGAGAAACUCACCACUCAGCAGCUAUCCUACAUGACGGAACAGACGGACCUGAUCAAGAAACAGAAGAGAUCAGACAGGUAUUAUGUUGCUAAGGCGAAAGCCGAAGGAAUGGAUGAGGACGAUGAGGAAGAGGACAUUUUGCCUGAAGGAUCAAAUAACAUCUUGCAAGACGACCAGCAGCAACAACAGCCACCACAACAUCAGCAACAACAGCAUCAACAGCAGCAGCAACAACAACCACAACAGCAACAACAGUCCCAGCAACAGCAGCAACAACAACAACAGAUGCCUCCUCAACACAUGACAUCACAGCAAGGACAACCACAUCCUGGUCUCAAGUCCGAAUGCUCCUCACCACAUGUUGAUCAAGGAGAACAACACAGCACCAACAACUCCCACAACCAGCAACAACAGCACCAACAACAGCACUACAACUCUACAUCAAGAUCUGACAGUCCUAAUACACAAACAGGUAGUCAUGGCAGCAGUCACAUGCACAGGCAGAUGGGCAGUGGUCAGUCAGUCAACCAGCAGGGUAGGAGGGUCAAGAAUCAGCAAGGUAGUCACUCUAGCGCUCACUCUGGUAGUCAGUCCAGAGGGUCUGGUCAGCAACAUCAGCAACAACAAGGGAGUGGUGAGCAAGACUACAACCCCGCCACCAUUCCAAGCAACACUAUAUCCAGCGAUCAGUACAACCACAUCUCCACUACUCAGCAACAUCAUCUAGCGCCUGACGACAUCCCCCACGCCGGUAUGCCAAAGAGGGCAGCAUACAAGGCUCAGCGUCAGAUGAUGCAGCACCUGUUGAUGGACGAGGGGAUCCGAUUAGCGCAGACGUUCGGAGGCUACCAUCAACCACCAAUGAACCUUGUUCCUAACAUGCCUCAGAGCAGUCACUUCCAUCAUGGGGUUCUAGAGCAACGUCAAGCAGUAAACUCACCCUCACAGCCCAUGAGAGUCAUGCAACAUUAGUUUCUAGUUUAUUACCUUCUUGUGCUGAACUUGCCAUAGUAUUCAAGCUUGCCACUGUGCCCCUGCAGCAAAUUGGACUGAACGUUGUCAUACAGAGAUAAAACUGUAAACAUUCAAUGCCAGUGUUUUCUAUGUGCCAAAGUAAAAUGCUGUGGGUGACAAUCUUGUGAUAUGAAAGUGUUGCUGUUUAUUUCAUGAACAUAAAUAUGGUAACAACUGUGGGUGUCUGUUGUUGAGUGUUGUUCUUAAAAGCUCCUACAUGAUCACAGUAAAUUGUGUUUAACCAUAGAGUAAGUUUUUUUUUAAAUUAGGUUCUACUGUUAUCACAUAAGAAAACAAGUUUCAGCAUUAUCAAUUUUUUUAAUAAAUAAUAAAGAAUGAUAGAUGUAAGAACAUUGACAUGUGGAAAGAAUUACAAACUGCUGCAGUUGAUAUAAACCAACUGCAUAUUGUCUGUUCUGAGCCAAAAGGGUGCUUACUAUGUACAGUAUUAUGAUACAUGAUGUCACACUCCUAUGGCUCCAAACACACCCUAUAGUUGAGUGAUGAUCAGUCGAUGAAUGAUUGUUGAUAAAGCAUUCAUAUAUGACCUCAUGUUCUUACUGAAAUAUGGUUUAUGCAUUGCUAUACUUCUUCCCCAUGUGGUAUAGAGCUAAUCAUCGCUUAUGACAAUUCCAUUGUAUUCUUUUCUGAAUUUAUAUUCAAAUGAAAUUUAUGAAGUAAAUUUGUUUUAUACUACUGUUACAUACUUAUUUGUAUUUAUGAUUCAUGAAAGAAUACUGAAAGGCAGUGAAAGCAAUUUUUUGAGAGACAAAAUUAUGUUGGUUGUAUUUUAUCAAUGUUAUAAGCUUUAUAUCAUUCCAAAGAUAUAAUUAUAAAGGAUUUUGCCACCUUUCUGUCAAAAAAAUUUGAGGUUUAAAAAGCAAAAUACUUUUGUUUUUCUUGGUGUUUUUUUAAAAGUAGAGUUACUGAAAAGGUCAGUUAGUCUAAAUCAACCUCUGAAAAUUUUGUGUGUGGUUGUUUUUUAUGACAUUAGAAUAGACAAUCCUGUGUUUGAUGUUUAUAUAAAUAAUUCUCUAUGAAAGUUUAAUGUGUUUGUGCCUUUGAAAUUGCAGAAAAUAUUUAUUUAUAUAUAAUAGCAAACAUGGCUAUGACCUUGUAGCUCUUUGCAAGUUUUUGAAUGUACCUUGCGUUUAUGUAAGAAAACGAUUCAUUUCAGAAAAAAAGCCUUGUGACAUAUACAUGUAUAAAUCAAAAAGAAAGCUACAACACA